ACAACCUGAUGAGUGUCCCUUCGUUGUGCAAUCCUCCGUACCUGGAAGAGCUCCAUCUGGACCAAAGCUUUCUUCAAAGCGAGAUUCCUCCGGAGGUAGGACGGCUCUCGAGGUUACGAAUACUGAACCUGGAAGCUCAUUUCGUCGAGGAACACUGCACAGGAACCUGACAGCAUCAACUUUCAACAUCAUUUUUCUGCUUGCACUUUGCAGAGUCUGUUUCUCGUCAGUCAUUGCGCCCUUGCGUACCUUCUGAUAUUGGCUGUGGAUUUCAGUGGGCUCGGUUUGAAUCAAAAAUUUACAUAAGAACCUUCAAUUACGAAGGAGAAACUCGUCCUGAAACAGAGUAUCAGAACAGAGUCGUGUAAAGAGGUUACAGAGGUAAGAGAUGGAAGUAAAUAGGCAAUCUCGAGCUGUGUAAAGAGGUUAUACAGGUAAGAGAUGGAAGUAAACAGGCAAUCUUGAGCUGUGAUUUCAGCACGAUUUUGAGCCAGAUUGAUGUCAUGCCACCUGCCUAUGUGCCAAGACACAGUGCACAUGCAAUGGCUGCGUCUUUUAUGUUUGUCACUACUUCUAACUUAGAGAAUUCCAAAUAAAUAGUAUAAUCUUCGAGUCAAAGAGGCUCGUCAGUCAAAGUUUCAGAACUGUUUCUAAUCUGUUGUAGGUGUGAGGAUGGCAUAAACAAUUGUUGGGUUUCAUUGCUAGUUUCAGUGCUCUGAAUAUAGUGACGCUGUUUUAUUUUUGCUGAGCUCCGCCUACAUCCGAUCGCUCCGUUGCUGAUUCUCUAGGAUGACAAAUCUCGUUGAAGUCCAGAGCUUGAAGCUCAACACCGGGGCGUUGAUGCCAGCAAUUGCUUUGGGCAUGUCAGCGAGAGAAGAAACUCCGGAGGAAACCAAGGCUUACUUCCGGAAGGCUCUUGAGAUUGGGUACAGACAUUUUGACACUGCCUCUGUGUAUAGAACUGAACCCAUGAUGGGCGAGGUUCUAGAGGAUGUCCUAAACUCUGGCACAUUCAAGCGAGAAGAGUUAUUCAUCACAACAAAGCUAAGUCCUGCACAAACUCACGCAGAUGACGUCAUUCCUGCUCUCCGAGAAAGCCUUAGUAAUUUGCGGCUGGAGUAUGUGGAUCUGUAUCUCAUCCACUUUCCAGUAAGGAUCAAGCCUGGAACGAAACUUUCUUAUGGGCCACUCUCCGAAGAUGCGUUUUUGCCUCUUGAUCUGGUCGGUGUAUGGAAGGCGCUGGAGCAGUGCGUGGAACUGGGAUUGACCAGGGCGAUCGGAGUCAGCAAUUUUGGUUCCAGACUGCUUGGGGUGAUAACAGCCGAUGCAAAGAUAAUCCCCGCUGUGAAUCAGGUGGAAAUGCACCCGGGAUGCCUACAGCCGAGGCUUCUUGACGCUUGCAAACAAAUGGGUAUAAAGGUCAUGGCCUUUUCUGCUCUAGGGAGCCCUAAGUACUCUACGGGAUUCACCUCGAACGCAGUCAUCGACAGCCCCAUCCUCAAGGAAAUUGCUGAGAAGCAUGGAAAAUCAGUCGGUCAGGUCGCGUUGAGGUGGAGUUUAGAUCACGGUGUAUGUGUUGUGGUGAAGAGCUCAAAUCCUUCCAGAAUGGCGCAAAACUUGAACGUCUUCGGUUGGAGUUUAGAUGAAGAUGACCACACAAAAAUCGCCACCAUGCCACGAUUCAGAUUACAUGAUGGGACGUACUGGAUCAAUCAAACUACAAGUCCUUACAGGUCACCAAAGGACCUCUACGAUUGCUGGUCGGAUUGAACAAGAAAACAGGAUCAUGAAGAGUGUUCAACUGGUAAACAUGCAGACUAUUGUGGGUUUCCUUCUGAAGGAGUGCAGCUCGCCGAUAACUCAUGUCUUCAAUCUGAAUCAUAAAGCGGCGUUUUGUACUGAGAGAAGUUCGAAAACCCAGCCAGCUAGCACUGUGGAUGUGAGCCUUAGUAAGGAGCUCUAUGUCGAAUCUUACAUGCAAGACGCUAGUAAAACAACCGAUCAAACAUGUGAAGAGCUUCUCGUUCGAGGUUGGUCUCCGUCGUCUCAUGUUGCUCUAAAGACCUAGUUUGCAAAACAAGUGAAUAUGGAUCUGCUCACUUCUUUGGUCUACAGUUAAAAUUAUUCAUCCGAAGUGCUUCGAAUGAUGGUAUUGGGUGCC